AUGGGCAGCAUCAAGCGCAUAUCCAAGGAGCUGGCUGAGCUCACCGAAUCCCCUCCAGAAGGGAUCACGGUUGAGUUGGCCGAUGAGUCGAACGUGUACGAGUGGAGGGUCAAAAUGGAUGGGCCUGAAGGCUCGCCAUUCCACGUAUGUCAAAACAUGAUCUGUCUCCCUUUAUCCUCACCAUCUCCCACCAAGGUCUCCAACAGGGAGUCCCCGAACUCGAACCUCCCAGUCCAACUCCAACAAACAGCGUUUCUAACCUCGUGGCAAACAACACAGAAUGGCAAGUUCCUAGUCAAGCUCUCCCUCCCCACGGAAUACCCAUUCAAGCCACCGACAGUCUCCUUCGCAACUAAAAUCUACCACCCAAACGUAACAAACGACGACAAAGGAAGCAUGUGCCUAGGCAUGCUCCGAGCCGACGAAUGGAAACCCAGCUCGAAGAUCGCCGCAGUCCUCCAGUUCGCCAGACAGCUACUAGCCGAGCCGAUGCCCGAUGAUGCCGUCGAGGGGCGGAUUGCAGAGCAAUACAAGAACGACCGGGCACGCUACGAGGAGGUUGCGCGGGAGUGGACUCGCAAGUACGCUUGUUGA